GUGUCCCUGGGACACAGCGGAUCACUGAUCCAUGGAAAGAGCCAACUCGGUCAUUGUAGCCCCAGCAGUGCCACCUGUCAGUGUCCAUCAGUGCCAGCUGUAAGUGCUCAUCAGUGCGACGUGCCAGUGCCCAUCAGUGCCACAUAUCAGUGCCUACCAGUGCACAUCAAUGCCACAUGUCAGUGCACAUCUGAGCUGCCUUUCAGUGUCACCCAUCAGUGCCAGUCAGUGCCACCUAUCAAUGCCAAUCAGUGCCAGUCAGUGCCGCCUAUCAGUGCAAGUCAGCACCGCCUAUCAGUGCGCAUCAGUGCCGCCUAUCAGUGCCAGUCAGUGCCGCCUAACAGUGCCAGUCAGUGCCACCUAUCAGUGCCAUAUAUCAGUGCUGCCUUCAGUGCCGAUCAGUGAUGCCUGUCAAUGCUCAUCAGUG